AUUCCAUUUUUUACAGCUCUACCACUCCGCCCGAUGCAUCCAUUUACCUUCGCUCCCUGAAUCUGCGCGAUAGCCAUCUCUCUCUCUAGGUCUUUUGCCUGGAAAUGGCAAGUUUAGUGGAGCGAUUGCGGGUUAGGUCUGAUCGAAGGCCAAUUUACAACUUAGAUGAAUCGGAUGAUGAGGGCGAUAUCGUAAAGAAGAAACCCCGGGCGGGUCCUUCUUCGGAGAGCUUUGAGAAAAUUGAACGAACCGAUGCGAAAGAAGGUUCAUGCCAAGCUUGUGGAAAUAGUGAUGAUGAUCUUUUGAGCUGUGAGACGUGUAAUUAUUCUUAUCAUCCGAAGUGCUUACUACCUGCUAUGAGAGGUCCUGUUCCUCGCAACUGGAAAUGCCCUGCAUGUGUUGGCUACCUGAACGAUAUUGAAAAGAUACUAGACUCUGAGGUGCGGCCAUGUGCUGCAGAUGAUACUGAUGUGUCUAAGCUAGGCUCAACUCAAGCUUUAACAAAACAUUAUUUGGUAAAAUGGAAAGGACUAUCCUACCUCCACUGCACAUGGGUCCCAGAGGCGGAGUUUGUUAAGGCAUACAAGUCAAAUCCUCGUUUGCGAACGAAAGUAAACAAUUUUCACAGACAAGCUUCUUCAUUAAAUAAACAUGAUGAUGAAUAUGUUCCUAUCAGGCCAGAUUGGACUACAGUGGACCGGAUCAUAGCUUGCAGGGAAUUAGAAGAAGGAAAAGAAUAUCUUGUGAAAUGGAAAGAGCUUCCUUAUGAUGAAUGCUAUUGGGAGUUGGAAUCCGACAUUGCAUCGUUUCAUAAAGAAAUUGAGAAGUUCCAUAAAAUUCAGUCACAGGGGAAGAAGAAAUCAGCAAAAACACAAAAGAACCAAACUCCUGUUGACUUGGAGUCCAAGAAGAACCUGAAAGAGUUUCAACGUUACGAAAGUACACCCGAUUCUCUUUGUGGAGGUUCCCUACAUCCGUAUCAGCUUGAAGGGUUGAAUUUCUUACGUUAUUCUUGGGCCAAGCAGACACAUGUGAUACUUGCAGAUGAGAUGGGCCUUGGUAAAACAAUACAAAGUAUUGCCUUUUUGGCAUCACUUUUUGAGGAUAAGCUAUAUCCUCAUCUUGUAGUAGCUCCUCUUUCAACAUUGAGGAAUUGGGAACGUGAAUUUGCCACAUGGGCUCCUCACAUGAAUGUUGUGAUGUAUGUUGGUACUGCCCAAGCACGUACUAUAAUCCGAGAAUAUGAAUUUUACCACCCCAAGAAUCAAAAGAAGAAGAAAAAGAAAAAAUCCAGUCAAUCUGUUAGUGAAGACAAACAGUCUAGAAUUAAAUUUGAUGUCCUCUUGACAUCUUAUGAAAUGAUCAACAUGGAUUCAACAUCAUUGAAACCCAUAAAAUGGGAGUGCAUGAUCGUUGAUGAAGGGCAUCGUCUGAAAAAUAAGGAUUCGAAGUUGUUUUCUUCGUUGAAGCAAUAUUCUAGCAGACAUAGAGUUCUUUUGACUGGAACUCCUUUACAGAACAACUUGGAUGAACUUUUCAUGCUUAUGCAUUUCCUUGAUGCAGGGAAGUUUGGAAGUUUGGAGGAUUUUCAGGAGGAGUUCAAGGAUAUCAAUCAAGAGGAACAAAUAGAGAGGCUUCAUAAGCUGUUGGCUCCCCAUCUGUUGAGAAGAGUGAAGAAAGAUGUCAUGAAAGAAAUGCCCCCGAAAAAAGAAUUGAUCCUGCGUGUUGAAUUGAGUAGCAAGCAGAAAGAGUAUUACAAAGCAAUUUUGACUCGUAAUUAUCAGAUACUAACUCGCAAAGGUGGUGCCCAGAUUUCCCUCAUAAAUGUGGUGAUGGAACUGCGCAAGCUUUGUUGUCAUCCCUUCAUGUUGGAAGGUGUCGAGCCAGAAGAUACUCACGAGUUCAACAAGCAACUUUUGGAAACAUCAGGAAAAUUACAACUUUUGGAUAAGAUGAUGAUCAAACUUAAAGAGCAGGGACACAGAGUUCUAAUAUAUUCUCAAUUUCAGCAUAUGCUGGACUUGUUAGAAGAUUACUGCAAUUAUCGGAAAUGGCAUUAUGAAAGGAUUGAUGGAAAAGUUGGUGGGGCGGAAAGACAGGUUCGAAUAGAUCGGUUCAAUGCAAAGAAUUCUUCCAGAUUUUGUUUUCUGCUAUCAACUAGGGCUGGAGGUUUAGGAAUAAACCUUGCCACUGCUGACACAGUUAUCAUAUAUGAUAGUGAUUGGAAUCCGCAUGCAGAUCUGCAGGCCAUGGCAAGAGCACACCGACUUGGUCAAACUAACAAGGUCAUGAUCUACAGGCUCAUAACACGAGGAACCAUUGAAGAAAGGAUGAUGCAAAUGACAAAGAAGAAAAUGGUUUUAGAGCAUCUAGUUGUUGGAAGGCUCAAAGCACAAAACUUAAAUCAGGAAGAACUAGAUGACAUCAUAAGGUAUGGAUCCAAGGAGUUAUUUGAAGAGGACAAUGAUGAAUCAAUAAAAUCCCGUCAAAUUCGUUAUGAUGACACUGCAAUUGAUAGAUUACUCAAUCGCGAGCAAAUUGGGGAUGAAGCGGCUUCAUUGGAUGAUGAAGAAGAAAAUGGGUUUUUGAAAGCCUUUAAGGUAGCAAAUUUUGAGUAUGUUGAGGAAGCUGAAGUGGCUACAGAAGAGGAUCCAAUUGAUGCAGUGGAUGUGGGUAAAGCUUCUGUAAACAAUUAUGAAAGGGCGAAUUAUUGGGAAGAUCUCUUGAAAGAUAAGUAUGAAGUUCAUAAGGUAGAGGAAUUUAAUGCUAUGGGCAAGGGGAAGAGGAGUCGCAAACAGAUGGUGGCUGUUGAAGAAGAUGACCUUGCUGGUUUGGAAGAUGUAAGUUCUGGUCGGGAAGAUGAGGAUGAUGAUGAUGAAGCUUACGUAACUGACAAUGAAACGGCUUCAGUUGAAGCUGUAGUUGGCCGAAGACCUUACAGAAAAAGAGCUCGUGUGGAUUCAGAGAAACAUCCUCUAAUGGAGGGUGAAGGAAGACACUUUCGUGUUUUGGGGUUUAAUCAAAGCCAAAGGGCUUUGUUUGUACAAAUUUUGAUGAGGUUUGGCACCGGGAAUUAUGACUGGUCAGAGUUUUUGCCACGUUUAAAGCAAAAAACUCAUGAGGAAAUUCGAAAGUAUGGGGAACUUUUCUUCAAGCACAUAUCUGAAGAUAUGAAUGACUCAUCCACUUUUGCAGAUGGGGUACCCAAAGAAGGACUAAGAAUCGAUGAUGUACUAGUCAGAAUAGCUACACUCUCUCUUUUUAGAGACAAAGUGAAAGCUUUAUCAGAGAACUCUGCCCUGUUCAAAGAUGACAUCUUAUUCCGUUUCCCCGCACUAAAAGGAGGGAGAGUUUGGAAGGAACACCAUGACCGAUUGCUGCUGAAAGCCGUGAUGAAACAUGGCUAUGGACGAUGGCAACAGAUUGUUGACGACAGAGACUUGAGACUCCAAGGAGUCCUCUGUCAAGAGCUGAACCUUCCUCUUGCCAAUACACCUGUUUUAGAACCUUCUGAAGUGUAUACCAAUCCUCCUGGAACUUAUCAAGCGCGACAACACACCACUGGAGUUUCUCAACUGCAGUCGCAUCCUCCUGGAACAUCUGUAGCACAAGGUUCAGGUUCUGAAGCUUCUCAAAACUGUGGUCCUACCGGAGUUACUCAGUCACAAAAUGGGGUGGGUUCUGAACAUUCUGAAAAUCCUGGAAAUCAAACAAAGAGGGCAGCAGGUGAUGUUGCACAUGGAGCUACUGAUACAGGAGCUCGGACGCUACUUUCUCCAGAUCUAUCCACAUAUCAUUUUAGGGAGAUUCAGCGAAGACAGGUAGAGUUUAUCAAGAGAAGAGUGCUGCUUUUGGAGAGAGGGCUGCAUCUGGAACUGCAGAAAGAAUACUUUGCUGAUAAACAGACUUCCAAUGCUGCACGUGAUGAGGGAGGACACAAUGCUACAGAGCUGAAAUAUCCAACCUCUGAGGCAUCCUAUACCCAAAAGAUUGAUCAAUUGCCUCAAGUUGAACCAAUUACUACUGAAGAAGGUUUGAAGAUUGCUUCCGAUCAAAACUCAGAUCGCUUAAAUGUAGGCGAACUUUACAAUGAGAUACACAAAAUCAUUGUGGACGACAGUGAAUAUUCAGCUGAAAAUGCAGUUUCAAUAUUGAGUAAAAAUCUUGGCGGACUCGAAGCAAUAAAUCAAAAGAUAAACCAAAUUCUUUCUCUAGGCGAAUCUGUGGACCGUAAAAAUGGAGGUAACAGUAUGGGGUGAAAAUUGUGUGAUAUAUAGUAAGGUGUUUUGAGUUGCUGUAAGACAAAGAAGAUAGAGAAAAGAUCGAAACGAACAUGCUUCUUAGUUAACUGUGGUAGUGUAUUUGUCUGUUUGUUUUGUUGUGCGAAUGUUGUCGAUGAUUAUGCUAACUUACUAUGAAACCUGCAAGAAAUAUUUAGGGCAGCCAAUCUGCUUUGAACUUACAUAUGUUAUAAUACUAUAGUCUGCUUCUUAUUA